AAUCAAAACAAUCAGAGAUGCUCAGUUAAGUUUUGUGUUUUUUUUUUGUUUUUUUUUUACCAUUAUUACAAAACAAUUAAAACCACUGUCCCUAAGUGUUGAUAAUUUAUUUAAUUAACUUAUGAAUUAGCUAAGUGGUUAUUUUUAAAUUUAUUUUUUAUAAUGGAAGGAAUUUUACCUUCAGAAAUUGCACGACUAGUAUUAGGUUAUUUAGAAGAAAACGAGUGCACGGAAGCCGCUGCUAGUUUUCUAACCACGUCGCCGCAUCUCCAAGAGUGCCGCGAUGUUUUGCAAAGAGGAAAAAAAUUCAGUACCAAAGUUAACAAUUUUACGCUGACUUAUAUCAUGGAAAAGUACUGGUCAGUUAUGGGGUUCGUUAAAGAUAAAUUGUCUAGGGUUGAUGACUGUGAUAUGCUGAAGCAGUGCCUGCAUACUGAUGACCUGGAAGAGCAAAUAAAAUUACUCAUUGACGGGUCAUCUAGGGGCCAGCGUUUUUUUGUCAACAUCAACGUACCCCAGGCUCAAGGCGGCUCGCCGAUUUUGUCGAGCAGCAUGCGGAAGCGCAAGCACAGCGGGACUCAAGACCGCGAAAAGUGUAAACGUCAGUUCAAAUUAAAUGUCAAUAAUGAUCUGCCUGCUUUGAAUACUGAUGCCACGCAGCUGGACCAGUUGCCUGGUAACUCGGAGGCUAAAGAGAGGGUGAUUAAGAAUUUAAAAGAGUCGGUAUUUAAAUCGAGUAAGUCGGCGCCAGGGUCCGCGGCCACGGAAAUGAAGGAGAAGAUGGUGGGUGGUGAUGAUAAAAAACAACUGGUGCCGAUGAAAAAUUCUACGGCCACUGACACUGAGGAACUGAUGCAUUUUUCGACAGCUGAAGUUCAGACUCUGGAUAUUGAAAGCGAUGGGGAACUAGAACCUGACACGCCCAUUGGAAAUCUUAGUCUUUUGACAAAAGAAAUGCUAAAUCGUACAGAAAUCCAAGAAAGAAUAGCCGAGAAUAUAAACAAAGCUCUUCAACCUGUUGACUUGUCCUCACUGAUAAAAGAAACCAUCCCCGCUGACAAUCCCGAGGGAAAUACAUCGAUAAUGACAGAGCUAAAUAAUGCCAUCAAGACAAUCGUCAGUAAAACGGAAACUGACCCAAUGUUCGAGCAGUUUCUAGAUGAGAUAAUCGGUACCAAUGUUGAUGAUUCAUCUCCUAACGACAGUCCGAGCAAUUUAAAUUCUGCUGACAGGUUCAAUGAAGGUCAGAAUUCAGUACCAGCAGACGGCAUUGAAGACCCAAUUAAAAGACACAGUGCAUCUAGUGAACUAAAUGGAGCAACAGAACACGACACUCUUGAUGAUUUGAAUGCUGCUGCUAUCCAAAGUAUCAUCAAUGCCAACAAAAUAACCCAGCAAAAUAAUUCCAGUGAUUCAGUUGACACUAGACCGGUAGAGAACUCAGAGCCGAGUCUUCCUACUGACGUAUCCAAGCCCAGUACCAAAACUGAUGGACCAUCAACUGGAAUCACUCAAUUACUCAGUCCUCCGAGAAGUGUCACCAGCGCGCUGUCCAUCGGGAUCCCGAAUUCGCCAUCAGUUUCUCCAGAUUCUCAAGCUGAAGCUCCAGGUUCAAUUCUCGCUCCGGUAUCAGAAGUCUGUGGAAAUCCAGCGGACGUGAAACUACCAGCUACGAAAGUCAGAAGAACACGCCGGCAGAAACCCAAGCCUGUGAUAAUUCAAGAAGAAAAUGUCGUCACAUUGCCAACACUGGUCGUUUGCUCGCAGAAUGAACUGACUAAAUAUAUAUCGGGACCAGGACCUCAGUUAAUGCCAACCUCUACGUCGAAGUAUCCAUCGAUCGCGCCAAGGCCUUCUACUGAGACACUUUUUUUACGUACAGUCCAAGUGCCGAAGAUGAAUCCGCCUGUGGUGGCCCCAGCGCCCAGUACUUUUCAGCCUGUAGUUAAAUUCGAGCCUUCGAAAAAAAAAUUUCUGCUACCUAAGCCACAAGUAACGAAAGAAAAAGAAGAACCAGUGACUGCUUAUGAAAAUAAUUGUCUAGAUGAGAUCUCAGACAUGCCAGCGUUGAAUCUCGAUGAGUCAACUUCACAUUCAGGUACUGGUUUGUCCCCAUUUUUAAAACUCAACAAACGUAAGCGGUCACCAGAACCUGCAGCACCACCAGCAAGACCAUCACCAGUUGCAGCAGCUUUAGCACCAGUGCCAGCAGUGCCAGAGACCGUACCCUCGGUGGCAUCAGAUCCACUUCCGACGAUAGAUCUCACAGUGGACGCAAACGUUCCUCUAGAAGCAUCAACUCACGAGAUAAUAAAACGCACACCCAAGUCGCUGAUGAAGAGUCGGGCCAAAAAUUACCGGCUCAGUUUAUCGACACCCAGGCGCCGUAGCAGCCACGUGCGAGCCCUGGACUUCAACACCCCGACACUCAACUCCAGUCGCCGGUACUCAGUCACCAGCGCGCGUCCGUCGCCUUCGCGGUCUAUGAAUAAAUCCAUUUGCCGGACGAGUUUAUUCAAUUCCCCGGUAAUUAAAAAUCUUGCGGCCUCUCCCAAGAAGAAGAUGGCCAGCAAGACACCCAGUAAGAGCCUCAACCCCAUGGAGGUGCCGAUCGCUACCAGAAGUCCCGCGCCGACGCUCAAAGGGAACUGGAACAAAGUGUCUGGUGUUGACACCAUAAUUGGCUACGACUCGCAAUCAGACUCUUGCGUUUCGCCUCCGAAAAAAAUCCAGGCUAUAGAAGCUCCAGAAGCUGGCGUUCGCAAGUCCUGGGAUUCGGAUUUGCGACAGGCGAUAAUUAUUCCCGAGGAAGAUAAGCCGGUGAAGUCACGUAGAAAUUCGAAUAAAUCCACGAAAAAUGACAAAGACUCGGCUGUCAAAGAGCCAGCUAGUGAUCCUGUCAGCUCCAGUGUUGAUGAAUCUGCUGGAGACAGCAAACAAGUGACUGUAGAAAUAAAAUCAAGUGUCAAAGUCACGCAGUCGACGGUCGUCACCGCCAAGGGAGUCACCAAAAAAUAUGUAAAAUUACAAACUCUCGCUACGAAGGCCUCCAUGUCCACUGAUUCGUUGAGUACCAGCCUGGACACCAGCAGAUCUGAUAAAGAAAACCGUCUGGUAAAUAUUGGGAGUCUAGAGACACCUCGUAAGUUUGACGACUUUGGAAUACCACCGACUCCGCGGGUGCUGAGUCCUUCCAGCAACCCAACGUCUUUUAUUCAAACGCAUGCUGAUGAAACAAAAGUCGGUGGGUUCAUAACAACCCCAGAGUUUCCGGUGACUCCUUGUAUCAACAUCACACCGAAACAUUCCGACAAUACCGUGGAUUCGUUGAAAAAAGACUUCGCGCCUUACUACCAACCGGGAGAAUACGAAAAACCUGCUGUUAAAAUUCAAACUGAUGACAGCAAAUCAAAUCCUACUGCUGCUUCUGCUUCAACUUCUGGUUCUACUUCUACUUCUGCUUCUACAUCAGCCUCGACUGAGUCAGAGUUGAAUGCCAUGGAUCCCAAGUUGGAGAUAACGCAGUUUGAAGUUAUAAAGGAAAAUUUACCAAAAGAUGACAGCAGCAAGGAAUUGAGAAUUUCAAAUGUUGAUUUGGUCCUGAGUAGAAGCAAAGAUUCGGAAAAAAGUUUGGACAAUAGCAGGAGUGAUGACUCGGACUCAGACAGCGAUACCUCGUCUUCGAGUUCUAGUUCGUCGUCUUCUUACUUUAGUGACGAUCAGUCGAAAUCGAGGUCCAGGUUAUCAGUGAGUCGGAGAAGCGGAAAUAUUUCAAAGAAAAGUGAUAAUCUGGGGCUCGAUUUAAGUGAUUCGAUUAUUAAAGUUGAUGAUAAAGAUGAAGAACAAGAUGGCGGAAAAAAUCUCGAAGAUGGCGGACAGGUUCCAGUAGAUGGCGGGCAAAUUCUAGCAGAUGGCGGGCAAAUUUUAAUAGAUGGCGGGGAAAUUCAAAAAGAUAAUGGCGGGAAAAUUCAAAAAGAUGAUGAAGAAAAUAAAGAAGAUGAUAAACAGAGUGAAGAUAAAAAAUGUGAUGAUAAAAAUAAAGAACCUGAUGAUGUAAAUAAAAAAAUAGAUGAUGUACGUGAAGAAGUCAUUGAAGAUAAAAAAUUAAAUGAAGAUAAAGAUGACCUAGAAGAAGACGAUGAUGAGUUAGAAGACGGAGAAAUAUUUGAAGCAUCACCAAAAAAAGUAUUUCCAUUAAUAAAGUCAGACGAAGCCUUAGCAGCAGCAGACAUAGAAACCCCGGCUAAAAAUGAUGAUUUACUAGACGAAGCUGACAUAUCUGAGACUCCUAGUGGGUCUAAAAGCGGUGCCGAGACGAUGACGACGAAUUUAACCAGCAAGAUAAGUAAAUUAAUUAACACGAGUUCUCCUUGGAAUCAAGAUGACGGGAAAAUAAAAUCUCUGGUGACCAAUCUCAGGGAAGACAACCCGGGUCCCAGUUACCUGGUGCCGAAGAGUACCGAGGAUCGGCAGGAAAUCCUCAGGAGAGAGUUGGAUGAAAAGCGGUUGCGAAUGAUCGACAAACUGAAGCCAAAGAAAAAUAAUAUCACUGCUAAGCCUUUAUAUGCAGGAAGCAAAGGAAAGGAUAAGAAAGAAGACAAACCUAAAAGUCGAGGGAAGAUUGAGGUUAGGGACAAAGGUCAGGGGAACAAUUAUGAGGUUAAGGAUAAAAAAGAUGAUAGGGUUAGAAGUCAGGGGUCUCAUUAUGAGGUUAAGGAUAAAAAGGACGAAAAGGUUAGAAGUCAGGGGAAUAAUUAUGAGAAAAAGGACGAAAAGGUCAGAAGUCAGGGGAGUGGUUCUGAGGUUAAGGAUAAAAAGGACGAAAAGGUCAGGAGUCAGGGGAAUAAUUAUGAGGUUAAGGAUAAAAAAGACGAUAGAGCGAAAGGUCAGGGGACUCAUUAUGAAGUUAAGGACAAAAAGGACGAUAAGGUUCGAAGUCAGGGGACUAAUUAUGAGAAAAAGGAUGAAAAGGUCAGAAGUCAGGGGAGUAGUUUUGAGGUUAAGGAUAAAAAGGAUGAUAAGGUUAGGAGUCAAAGGGUCAGCUCUGAGGUUAAGGACAAAAAAGACGACAAGGUUAAGAGUCAAAAGACCAGUUCUGAGGUUAAGGACAAAAAGGACGAAAAGGUUAAAGGUCACGGAAGUAACAGUGAAGUAAAAGAUAGAAAGGAUGAAAAAGUUAAGGAUCAAGGAACAAAACCUGACACUAAGAAAGAAGACAAAGAAAAAAUUCCUGUUGUCUCAGCGGUUAGGAAAUCUGCGCGUUAUGCUGCGCGUACGGCUAAAAGUGAGUCGAGUGACGAUAAGAAUAAGCGGGACAGUAGUAAGGACAAGAAGAAAUCCAGGGCUGAGGAUAAGAAGGACAAAGAUAAAGAAAAGGAAAAAGAAAAAGUGAAGAUUAAUAAUAAAGACAAGCCGGGAUUUAAGGACGGCAAGGAACUGGAAAGUAUUCUUCUGAAUCGGCUGCUUUUGGAAAACGCUAGUAGGAAUACGAAAGAUGGCGGGCGAGAUGACCCGGGGGUUAUAAGCGAAGAGGUUAAGAAGAAAACUAGUAGGGAUAAUAAGGACAAGGAUAAAUUGAAGGUCGAAAUGGUAAAACGGGAUUUGUUUAGCGGAGAUGAGAUGAGCGACGUCAACGAAGAAAAGAAAAUAACGUCUAGUCAGGUCGAGGAAUUAAUGAGACAGUUGCAUACCAGCGACCCUGAAAUUUCCGAACCGGGGACUUCUGGCGAGCAGAUGGAGAUCGACAUUAAUGUCAAUGAUGACAAUGUACCGGAUAAGGAAUUGUCUGUACUAGAGUCACUGAAGCUGGUGCCGGCGGCUAAAAAUUCUGGGAAUGAAGUCGAGAUGGAGGCUGACGUGACGUUCACUCACUGCGAGAUUAAUUUCGUGCAUGACGAUAACGUUAAUUCGAAGAAGAGGUACCGGAAGUUGACUAUUGACGACAUUUCGAUGACGAUUCCGACAGACGAUGGGGAAAUUACGAUAACUUUGUCGGCGGUUCCGUACGAGGAGUUGUUCAGUCUUCAGCCGGCGAAGGUCAAGAAAAUUACCAAGAAACCGGAGCCGCCUAAACUGGAGCCGGUUAAAUACAAGCGGAAGGUUCAAUUGAAAGACAGUAGGUCUGUCGUAACAUCUAUUAACUCUUUGCCGUUGGCUACUUCUUCUCCUAAUGUUGAACAGCCGGGAGCGACGAAAUUAGUCAAGGCUGAUGUUCACAAAAAUGAUGGAACUAAUAAAGAAGGUAAUAAUUAUUGUUACAGAAAAAGCAAACCGGAAAAAAAAUCCAGAGGCUAAAGAUACUAUUGAUAAAUUAAGAGACCCGAAGUUAUUAUUAAGUCAAUUAAAUAUCGACAAAUUACUUACGACAGUCCAUGGGCCAGAGUAGGAAUAUUUUAUUUUAAAAAUUGGCGCGCAACUCGAUAUUCAAAAAAAAGGUUUCAAUGCUGAGCAUUACAUUAAAAAUGUUAACUGUUAAGUUUGACUAACAAUUAAAAUCUAUUGUCAGUUUCCUAAUUAAAAAAAAAAACAAUUAAAUAAUUAUAAGUUGUAAAUAUGUGUAAUAGUUUAUAAAAUAAUGACCUUAGACAUAAGUAGUUAUUUUUUAGUACAGUAAAUUAAAUUUGAUAUUUAAUUAUUGUUAAAGUGCAUCUAGUUUUUUUUUGUUUAAUUAUUUUUUACGUGAAAAUUUUUUGAUAUAAAAAUAAAAUUGAGAAAAUUGUUUU